CUUGUUAGAAUGGCCUUAACGGCGCGCCUUUUGAUCCUAAUAGUAUCGGUUCAAAGAAGAUAGCUUACUGACAUGGUGUAUGUUUAUUCUUCUAGUCUUCAAAGACGAUUAGAAUUCGAAGAGUCAAUAAUGGAUGUCCUUGGUUUGGAGGAUGAAGCGACCAUGAAAAUUAGACAGGAUUUGUGUGAAUUAGUCAUUGACGCUGAUGGUUCGGAAUUUAAGUCGACAGAGAUACCUUUAUCUCGUCCUCGUGUUUGUCCCUUCAGUAUAUCUAAUCGACGCUUCUUAGACUCAAAAGGUACAACCUGUCGCAGAUGGAUUCCUGUGGCGUGUUCUUGCCUUCUGCACAUAUCUGGACUAGACGGUUUAAUUCUUACUCGCAGACCGUGGCAUAUGCGGUCGUAUCCAGGUGUUUGGGUGCCACCUGGAGGUCAUUGUGAGGCUAAAGAACCUAUACAGGACACUGCAUUUCGUGAGCUCAUAGAAGAGUUAGGAUUACAGGAACGAAAUGUAGUGAAUGAAUGUACUAUUCAACCACUUUGUGCAUGGGAAGCUUCCUAUCCUUCUCAUUCAGAUACAGCGGUCGGAAUGUCUACUAUCUCUCCUAAAUCUCAUCAUUUGGUUAUAUAUUACUCUGUUAAUUGGUCUCAUCCUUCAAUACCUGUUUUAGAUUCAGAUGAAAUUCACUCAUACUUACCACAACUUAAACUUGAAGUAGAUGAAGUAUGUGCAGCUGUCUGGCUUCCGAGACCUGUUCUUGAUAAAUUAAGUGAUGAUUGGAAAGCAUUUGAGAGACAUUUUCAAAAUCAGUCUACAAUUAAUUCUUCAGAAUAUGUGUAUCCCGAAUUAUCAACUAUGCCAUCCACUCUCCAGAUUGAUAACGACCAAACAGCAGUUUGGUAAGCUGAAUAAUCUUUAUUUAUUUUCAUUAACUUUUUGCUGGUUGCAUCUAAUGAUCUGAACAAAUAUAUAAUUAGUGGAAAAUUGCUGAAUACUUUACUCUGUCUAAAUGGAAAGUUAGCAUAGAGAGAUGAAAUUGUCCGGUCGAAUCCCAGAAUAGUAGAUGUAGUAAUAGUCUUGGUGGUAACGGAAAAGAUUAGAAAUCGAAGAUAAGAUACAAGAAGAUAUAAAUCAGCGAAAUAAAUUUAAAAGGUUAUGGGGACUUCGAAAGCUUGGGAUUAAAGGCAAGACGAAAAAUGAGUGCACCUGCGUCAUCACAAACAACUUUGAACCAUAAAAUUCAUUGUUUAACAACUGGUUACAAUAAUCACACGGACCCCAUCCAGGAAGCCUACACCUAUUAACAUGGCUCAGUCCACUUGUCACUGACUUCAUGCAAUGGUGCCAUUUUGUGUUUUGGUCACCCCUGGCUUUCUCCUAACCUACUACAUCAGAGAACAUCGCUCGUCGAGGUAGGCUUUGGUUGGGAUUCCGUAACACGUCAACCCUGGUAUAUGCUACUCACAAGGCAUAUCAGUAGCAUCCGGCGGGGCGUCGCUUGGAGGUUGCUAUCAGAGAGUGAAGUCUGGCGAUCGAAAUGCAUGGCGCGAUCAAAGUAUAUUGAAGACGCAAAAAGAUGUGAGAGAAGGCAGUUAAUAACGUGCUUGGAUUACAAAUGGAUGUAUAGCAAGCCUUCCUCAAUUUUUUUGUACGACAGAAAAAACCCUGUCAUAUUUUUACUAUCGUGAAAUCUUUAUCCAUUCUCUAAUUUGUUGUGAACGUAAAUAUACAAUAACUUUAUCCACGUUUUGAUUAACACAAAAGAUACACGUACAUGCUCCCACUCAUUAUUCAUCCACUUGUUUCCCAGUAUGAUUGCCUAUCGUGUCUUGUGGUCUUCAUUAAUUAUCAACAAUACACACUAUCCCG